AAAACCUCGACGGCUUCACCUCGCACAUAUUCCACAUUGACACUGAUCACUGUUAGACUCUUUCUCAUGCCCAAAAUUGCGACAGGAAGUGGACGUUACGAUGACAAUAUGGAUGUAGUGGGAGUAGACGAGGAACGAGAAGUUGAUGAGCUAUUGGAAGAUAGGGCAGACCCAGUCAUAGGCGACACAGAAUUGAUGGGAAAACUUCGCGAGGCCUGGCAAAUGAUAUGGCCGCUGGAUGUUAUCGUCGAAUGGCUUGAAAAACAGCCUGCCUGUUCAUCGUGUGUGUCACAAUCACGCAAAUGCUACCCUUCACCACAACCAGGUUCGUUGCGCUGUAUGCCAUGUGCACGUUCAAGGGCCAAACCAUGUCCACGAAAGCGCCAGUUUCAAGUUGAAAAGUCGGCUGAAGUACUUCAGCUGACGGUUGAGCAUGUCGAGAGGCUCGUGGAGCAAGCGGACGCCUCUCCUUUCAAAAUGCCAAUUUCCGGCAAGUUAUGGAGGAGUACCUCCGAAAAAAAUAUGCGUCGGAUGGCACGCAAGUCCACACCUGGACGUGUGCGAGCCAAGAAUGAUUUUCAAGAACCGGGCCCUUCACAAAUCAUUUCUGCCCCUGCCCCGAACUUCGAACUUCUUUCCCCAGCCUACCCUGAUACCGAUCAAAAUCCAUCGCGGCCACCUCAGAACGCUCCCACCGGCUUGACAAUCAAACUUCCACCUUUUGUCGGUCGGGGUGCAAACGACAAAAGAACCAACCUGGUGGAGCCAGAUCCAAGACCUGAAGCUCCUAUUCACCAUUCGCCUGUCAUUCCACAAGACUCUCAUGUCACGAUACAGGAUGUACUACCCAACGAACAGGAUUCCAGUCUUCUUUGGUCACCACUCUCCUCCGUCGGGGAGUGCCUGCCAUCCCUUGAUGUGAAUAACCCACCCGUCGAAGAGGUUCAACCACAACCACCAGCUCCUCCGCCGGUGGUUCCAGACGUUAAUCCAGCACACACGGUCAUUACACUUAAUGCAGUCGAUUCCGGAUUCGAAGAGGAAUUCGAGGAGGUUCCGGUUGUUUUUGCGAGCGAGUUGGAUCGCGCUGAAGAGGAGAUUGCACGACUCAAGUCUGCCUUGGAAGCACAGGAGAAGGAGGUUGCAAGGCUCCAGCGUAACCUCAAACGACGGGACGAGCAACUCGAGGAUAUUCGCGAAGAACUUGACGAAGUUAUUCAUCUCCCUACACCUCGCGCAACGGCAGCCGCAGAACAUGAAAACAGUAUGCGAAAGUACACUGCCUGUCAGUAUGUCGCGCGGACUCUGAGAGCCAUGCGCGUAGAAGGUCUGACGGAGGAGGAACGAGAGGCUUUGCUGUUGAAGGCAGAGCGCCAUCUUGGCAGACUUGCUAAUGUGGAGAUGGAUGGCAUAUGGGAUCCCAAGGCCGAUGCAGACGCCCUCUUCUUGGGUCUGGUCAAUGGGUCCUCUGCUAGGGCAGCAAGGCAUGCUCAAAGAGGAGCGACUAAUCCUACCCCAGCCAAGACGACUAAUCCUACACCAGCUAAGACCUCUGUGUCUGCAUCCGGAAUUCCCCAACAACGCCCGCCUAAACGGAGACGACAAGGAGACUCGGAACAGCUAUGAUUGCUAAUGUCAAUGCAAUCAUCCAGAACCCAUGUUUUGACGCGUGUACAAUGUUGUACAAUGCUUGCGCAUGCUACAUGCCUGUAAUACCAGAUAUUUAACUCGGUAUUGUACGAAAAGGUUGUGUGGGUCGUUUACAGUGGAUGUGUAUUGCUAUCAUAUUACUGGCAUGUAAUACGGCACUCUGAAUCUACACGAUAUCAUCAUCA